AAACUACCAAUCUCUGUUUCAACAUGGCUCUUACCUGCACCGACAUUCCAAAGUUCAUCUGCGCCGUUCUUCUCCCACCAAUCGGAGUUUUUCUGGAGAAGGGCUGUGACUACCAUCUCGCCAUCUGCAUUCUGCUCACCAUCCUGGGAUACAUUCCAGGCAUCAUCUACGCUUGCUACGUCAUCCUCGCCUACUAAAUGCAUAAAACCAUUACAUUUUCAAUCUCCGCUUUUAAAACCAAAGCUUUGUGGGCAAACGAUUUCAUGAAUAAAUUUUAACCAACUG